CCCGGUCCGCAAGUCAGACUCAGACAGAGAGGCCGAACGAAUCGAGGAGGAGGAGGAGGACCAAAUCCCUCAUUCUCUCCCGGCCAGCCAGCCAGCCUUUCUUCUCCCGCACGACAGCCCUCCCGACGCCGCCGCCGCCGCCGCCGGCGAAAUGGCGUCCCGCAUCGCCUCCCGCCUCCUCCGACGCUCCAGCCCCACAUUAGGCCUCCUGAGGAGCUAUACACAUGUCAGAAACUACAGCAGUCAACUUUCAGGUCUUAUUCCAGUUGGUCCCCAAAGCUCAAAGCUGACAAGAAGGAACAAUUACUUUCCAAAUGCCUCUCCUUACCAACUCUGGAGUAGGUCAUUCGCAUCAGACAAUGGAGACAAGUUUGAAGCUGUUGUACCUUUCAUGGGUGAAUCUGUAACUGAUGGAACUCUUGCUAACUUCUUAAAGAAACCUGGCGAUAGAGUUGAGGCUGAUGAGGCCAUAGCCCAGAUUGAAACUGAUAAGGUCACCAUAGAUGUUUCUAGUCCUGAAGCUGGUGUUAUUGAAAAGUUUAUUGCUAGUGAAGGUGAUACUGUUACUCCAGGCACCAUAGUUGCUAUCGUAUCAAAGUCUGCAGCACCUGCUGAAACACAUGUUGCCCCAUCUGAGGAGGCGCCCCAAAAAGAAUCACCUCCAGUAAAAUCUGAAGAGAAAUCACCAAAAGCAGAAGAGAAACCAACAAAAGUAGAACCUCCCAAGAAGCAGGCACCAAAGUCAACUCCUUCAAAAACCUCCCCUACAGAACCACAGCUCCCUCCAAAAGAGCGAGAGCGACGGGUGCCAAUGCCCAGGCUUAGGAAACGCAUUGCCAACCGUUUGAAGGAUUCCCAGAACACAUUUGCAAUGCUGACCACAUUCAAUGAAGUUGACAUGACCAAUUUGAUGAAGCUGCGGUCUGACUACAAGGAUGAAUUUGUCAAGAAGCAUGGUGUCAAACUGGGUCUGAUGUCUUGCUUUGUCAAGGCUGCUGUUUCUGGACUGCAGAACCAGCCAAUCGUGAAUGCUGUCAUUGACGGCGAUGACAUCAUAUACAGAGACUAUGUCGACGUUAGUGUUGCUGUUGGCACUUCCAAGGGUCUUGUGGUGCCGGUUAUCCGAGAUGCUGAUUCAAUGAACUUUGCUGACAUCGAGAAAGGGAUAAACAACCUUGCAAAGAAGGCUACUGAGGGGGCGCUGUCAAUUGACGAGAUGGCGGGAGGAACAUUCACCAUCUCCAACGGCGGUGUCUAUGGAAGUCUUAUUAGCACGCCUAUCAUCAACCCCCCGCAGUCAGCGAUUCUUGGGAUGCACUCCAUCGUGCAGCGCCCUGUGGUUGUGGACGGCAGCAUCCUCGCCAGGCCCAUGAUGUACCUCGCGCUGACAUACGACCACAGGCUGAUCGACGGCAGAGAAGCCGUCUACUUCCUGCGCCGCAUCAAGGACGUCGUCGAGGACCCCCGGAGGCUGCUCCUUGACAUAUAAGCCCCAUGCGCUGAUCUCCUUCGCUGCCAAGUGCCUUGUGCUUGUCUGGAAAAUAAUACCGUGCAAAUUUUUGACUGAUACAACGAGUUGCGUCCUGGGAAGGAUGAAGAUUUGAGUUGAGUUGAGGAUAUGAUAACGCGUUUGUCCUGUUUCCGUUGAGAGCUUCGGGGUGUAGUUCCCUAAACUAAAAAUUUGCUUUAAUUUUCAAUGCAAGAGCAAUAGAUAUAUGGUGCCCUUUUGGUCAUUAUUUUUCUGCAA